GCCCAGCCUGAGGGGAUGGCUUCAAAUGGAGCAUACCCAGUGCUGGGACCGGGCGUGACCGUGAACCCUGGCACCUCCCUGUCUGUGUUCACGUCUCUGCCCUUUGCCACACCCGCUCCCGGCCCAGCACACAGGCCGCCCCUCGUGACUGCAGUGGUUCCUCCAGGCGGCCCUCUGGUGCUGUCUGCCUUCCCCAGCACACCUCUGGUGGCAGGACAAGAUGGCCACGGCCCAAGUGGGGCCGGGGCUUCCAACGUCUUUGUCCAGAUGAGGACAGAAGUGGGGCCUGUGAAGGCCCCUCAGGCACAGACCUUGGUCCUAACUCAGGCCCCCCUCAUCUGGCAGGCUCCAGGUGCCCUCUGUGGAGGUGUCAGGUGUCCACCUCCCUUACUCCUGGCAGCUGCUCCUGGGGUGCCCGUUACAUCUGCCCAAGUGGUUGGGGGCACCCAGGCCUGUGAGGGAGGCUGGUCCCAUGGCCUUCCUCUUCCACCACCACCACCGGCUGCCCAGGUGGCCCCCAUCGUGUCCCCAGGGAACGCUGGGCCAUGGCCACAAGGGGCUCAUGGAGAGGGCAGCCUGGCUCCCUCCCAGGCCAAGGCCCCACUGGACGACUCCUGUAACCCCAAGAGUGUCUAUGAGAACUUCCGACUCUGGCAGCACUACAAGCCCCUGGCCCGGAGGCACCUUCCCCAGAGUCCUGACACCGAAGCACUUUCCUGCUUCCUCAUCCCAGUUCUCCGAUCUCUGGCCCGGCGGAAGCCCACCAUGACGCUGGAGGAGGGACUGUGGCGGGCCAUGCGGGAAUGGCAGCACACAAGCAACUUUGACCGGAUGAUCUUCUACGAGAUGGCGGAAAAGUUCCUGGAGUUUGAGGCUGAGGAGGAGAUGCAGAUUCAGAAAUCGCAGUGGAUGAAGGGGCCCCAGAGCCUGCCUCCUUCAGCCCCGCCGAGGCUUGAACCUCAAGGACCCCCUGCCCCUGAGGUGGUCAAGCAGCCAGUGUACCUUUCCAGCAAGGCUGGCCCCAAGGCCCCGACUGCCUGCCUGCCACCACUCAGGCCCCAGAGGCCAGCAGAGACCAAGGUCCCCGAGGAGAUCCCCCCAGAAGUGGUGCAGGAGUAUGUGGACAUCAUGGAGGAGCUGCUGGGGCCUCCCCUCGGGGCCACAGGGGAGCCUGAGGGACAAUGGGAAAAGGGCAAAGUGGAGCAGCUGCAGGAAGAGGACGGGAUGACCUCAGACCCGGGCCUCCUGAGCUACAUUGACAAGCUGUGUUCCCAGGAAGACUUUGUUACCAAGGUGGAGGCCGUCAUUCACCCCCGAUUCCUGGAAGAAUUGCUUUCCCCAGAUCCACAGAUGGAUUUCUUGGCCCUAAGCCAGGAGCUGGAGCAGGAGGAAGGCCUCACCCUUGCCCAGCUAGUGGAGAAGCGCCUCCUAUCCUUGAAGGAGAAACGGCAUGCGAGGCCAGCCCCUAGACAUGGCACGGCCCGGUUGGACUCAAGUCCUUCUAAGUUUGCAGCUGGCCAAGGAGCAGCGAGAGACGUCCCUGACCCCCAACAAAGGGUCAGCGUGGAAACCUCCCCACCCCAGACGGCUGCCCGGGACCCUCAGGGACAGGGCAGAGUGUGCACUGGCAUGGCCAGGUCCAAAGACCCUGCUGUGCUUUUGGGAUGUCAGGAUUCCCCCAGGCUGAGGGCUGUCCAGCCAACCUCUCCUUCCCAGGACCACAGACCCACCUGCCCCGGCCUGGGGACCAAGGACGCCUUGGAUCUCCCUGGAGGGUCUCCUGUCAGGGAGUCACACGGGCUGGCUCAGGGGUCAAGUGAGGAGAGGGAACUGCCUGGUAUGGUCUAUGUCGUGGGUUCCCACCACAGGCUGAGGCCCUGGAGGCUGUCCCAGAGCUCUGUCCCUUCUUCGGGCCUUCUCAGCCCAGGAGGGCGAGGACCCCAGGGAGCUCUUCAGUCUCCAUCUGCUCAGAGAAGAGGCCUCAGCCCAGCAUCUUCUCCUGCUGCCAAGUCCAAGAAGCAACCUCUCUUUGGAAGCCCAUCCCCUGCUGAAAAGACACUGCACCCAGGGCCUGGGCUCAGGGCCUCUGGGGAGCAAUCCCUGGCUUGGGGGCUGGGUGGCCCCUCACAGUCUCAAAAGAGAAAGGGUGACCCCUUGGCCUCCAGGAGGAAGAAGAAGCGGCAUUGCAGCCAGUAG